AUGGCGCAACCUUCCGCCGUUGUUGAAAGCUUCCAGCAUUCUCUCAGCGUAAACACAGAGAACGAGUACAAUGUUGGACAGAGCGAGGACGAGAAUACACCAAACGAGAACACCGAGUCCCAAGCGCGAAAUGGCGACUCCUGUUUGCCGCCCGUCGACCGGGGGAAGGAUGCGUGGCUGUUUUUAGCCGCUUGUUAUGUCAUUGAAGCUGUAACAUCCGGGAAUCAUGUAUCUGGCGACGCCAUUCGUGCUUACCAUAUGCCGCCUGUACCCUCGCUGGGCCCGAUGGUCCACGCUUGCCGGACUCUUCCUGGCGUGUCUGUCUCUGGGGGCCAGCUCAUUCUGCAACAGCGCGCUUCAGCUCAUCGGGGUCCAGGGAGUGCUCUUCGGCGUCGGUGGGCUUUGCUCGAUAGUCUUGGGUUCCGGACAGCCUUGAGAAUCUCAGCCGGCAUCCUCUUUGCGUGCUCGGCUCCUCUGGCUUUCUACGUUAAGCCCAGACUCCCGUACUUCGCGAAUCCCCACAACGUUAAAAAGCCCUUCGACAUGCGGUUCGUCAUGCCCAGGCGGUUUGUCCUCCACCAAACGUCGAACGUGGUUGAGGCAACGGGCUACUUCCUCCCGGGCAUUUACCUACCAACCUACGCCCGCGAGACCUUCGGCACUUCAACGUUUAUGUCCGCGCUGACGCUUAUGCUGAUCAACAUCUCCGCGACGGCCGGCCUCGCCAUCAUGGGCUCCAUGACCGACCGGCUGUACGUCACGACUUGCAUGAUCAUCUCGGCGGUGGGCGCAUCCGUCUCUGUUUUGGUGGUCUGGGGGCUGGCGAAAUCUCUUCCUGUCCUGUACGUGUUCUGCGUCUUGUACGGCAUAUCGGCCGGGUCCUGGGCAUCGACCUGGCCGGGAAUCAUGAAGGAGGUGUCGCAGAACAGUGAGGAGGAGGGGUACGGCCACAUUGACCCGGGCAUGGUGCAGGGUCACCUUUGUGUUGGGAGGGGAGUCGGGAAUGUCAUUUCCGGGCCCUUGAGUAAUGCUCUCAUUAGGGGUAUGCCGUGGAAAGGGCAAGUCAUGGGAGGGUAUGGAACUGGCUAUGGCGUGCUGAUCGCGUAUACUGGCCUAACGGCUGUGCUGAGUGGCAUGACGUUUCUGUGGAGGCUCCUGGGUCUGCGUUGA